UGAAAAAUUCAGUAAGCCCAGUCGGUUCUUGGCCCUCAGAGAGAAAAAGCCGUUGUCGUGGGAAGGAAGAUAGACGCCUCGAAGCCCGGAAAAGAACAGCCGGCACCGGCAUCAACACUCACUGAAUUUCCUUUCUAUCGGCUUGACGUUCCAUUUUUCCGCCGAAGAUGGCCUGCGGGGCGACGCUAAAGCGCUCGAUGGAGUUUGAGGCCCUCCUCAGCCCCCAGUCUCCCAAGCGGAGACGGUGCAACCCCCUACCGGGGACUCCCGGCACUCCGUCCCCGCAAAGAUGCAACAACCUCCGCACCGCCGGCGACGGCCCGACGCACUCCAUGUCGCCGCAAAGCGUGGCGGGCGAAAACAGACUCACGCCAGAACAGAUCUUCAAAAACCUGCGCCAGGAGUACAGCCGGAUCCAGAGGAGGCGGCAGCUGGAGGGUGCCUUCAACCAGACGGAGGCAUGUGGACACUCGGACGUCCCCAGCCCCUCUUCAUCCCUGCACGCCCCCAGCUCCCCACCAGGCGCCUCGAGACGGGACCAGCCCUCGUUCACGCUGAAGCAGGUGAGCUACCUGUGCGAGCGCUUGCUCAAAGACCAUGAGGAGAAGAUCCGCGAGGAGUAUGAACAGAUCCUCAGCACAAAACUUUCAGAACAAUAUGAAUCCUUUGUGAAAUUCACGCAAGAUCAGAUCAUGCGAAGAUACGGCGCCCGGCCUGCUAGUUAUGUCUCUUGAAUGCGCCGCCACGAGUUCCAAGCUUCUUCCCCUCGCACACAAGAUGGCUGCUCUUCUAAGGCCCUCUACCACUUUUUUUUUUAACCCCACCACCUACACACGCGCACACACACACGCAUGCACACGUGCACACAGUGCCAUGGUUUAAGUUAAAACUGUUCCCGCUGGCCAAAAAGCUCGACGAAAUCUUGAGAAGAUGACCUUUUUCCUGUUUCCCCUGCCCACCCUCCUGUUAUUUGUCUUUAUUUUUAUUUUUUUUUGUUUCUCAUCACUGCUCUCGCUGUCUCUCUCUACCUGAAAAUGUGGACUGAAGCCGAUCCCAGUUGUCCUAACUCGGCUGGCGCUGUAGACUACAAAGCUUAUGCUUCUUGGCUCAUGUGAUAGAAGCUCUUUGGAGUGAGCAGCUGUAUUUAACGCCUCUCAUGUCGUCCCUCCUUGCUCACUCUUUCUCUUUCAACAUGAGAAUGUGCUUUUUUUUUCCUCCCUUUUGAAAAAAAAUAAACAAAAGUUCUGCAAUAAAA